AUGUUCAGUAGCGGGGGCCAGCUGGAAGAAUGCCCAAACGGAACAGGCGCUGAUCCCCCGCGAGACGGCGGCGAGCGGGGGGCAGCUCGCAUCCCAAUCAUUCCGGGGCUGCUCUUUCAGCACCUCGUCCAGUUUUACUCACAAAAUGAAGUCGUCGACGUCACUCCUGGGCUCACGACGCUCCUCGUCCUAGACAACCGACUCUUCGUCUCUACUGCUCUCCAGGUACGGCGGAGCUCGCGACAAAACGGGGGGAAUCCAGCCCUCCACCUCUUUCUUCUGGCUGGCUCUGAAGGAGUUCUUCUACAAGCCCUUGACGUGCCCGUCUCUGCCUCCACUCUCUCAUCCCACGUCUCACUCUUCGCCGGCACACUCGGUUGCGGGCGACGCCUCUCCAGCCGCUCUACGCUCUCCUCCGUCUGCGCCCGACAGACAGUCGCCUUGCAGUUUCGCGACCGGCGCGCCCCUCGCGUCUGCGGCGGCCGAGAGUCAGAAGAGGGACUCGGGGGGGGGCAUCCUGCGAUCUCUCCGGCGACGCUCGGCGCGGCGGCGUUCGCGGGCUCGAGCGGGCUUCCGUCCUCUCUCGCCUCUCAGCCGCCUCGGGAAGCACGCGCCUCGCCGCAGGGCGAUGACGCGGGGCCUGCGGACCCGUGCGAGGGGCGCGCCGCGGCCUCUGGGGGGGCGGCGGCGCCCAGAGGCUUCUCAGGCUCAGUCCCUGAGGGUGCAGGCAGCCUGCAGACGCCGCCGGCGCGGGUGAUGUCCUCGCGGUCGCUUCCCGAGAACGGCCAGCGCGGACCCUCCUGUCCCUCCUCGAUGUCCUGCCUGCGGAUGCGGAGGGUCUUGGCGCAGGGCGUCGGCGCUCAAGGCGUCUGGCUGUACGACGAGAGCGCGAAACUCGUCGCGGGCUUCAUGGACGAAAAGGAGCUCGUCGCGUUCUUCAUCUGCUGGGCGCACUGGCUGCGGGAACGCAUGCCGCAGGAGGAGCUGCCCGCGGAGACAGAAAAGACGCCAGGGCGAAGCGCGACGCCUCGUCGAGGCGGUGCUUUGUCUUCAAGCACGUCUGGAAAAGAAGGCAACUCGAGUGAAGAGACACAGGCAGGGGAGGCAGACCGCGGCCGCGAGGGGGAGAGAGACGGCUGUGGACCUGCACGCAGCGGGCGUGCGGCCGAGGCCGCGAACGGCUGUUCAGGCGCCGGCGCGUCUUCAGCCGGUGGAUGUGCCUCCCAGCGUGCUUCGCAGGAGGGACGGGAAAGGGAAACGGAGAGAACAGAGGCGAAGAAGCCUCAGGUCUCGCAACCGGCUGGCGAGGGGGCAGAAAAGGAGGGCGCCUCGUCUCCCUCCUCUUCGCCGCCUUCCACGCUCCGACCGACAGAGACGAUGCAGCAGCUCCUUCGGCGAACGCCGCCGCCGUGGACGUGGACGCUGCAGCAGUGGCGCGCUUUCUACAAGACGCCGUCGCCGGUGCUUUACAUCCACCCCGACAGGCCCCCUAUCGACGCCCUCCUGCUGCAGCUGCAGAACAGGACAGCGACGGUCGCUCUCUGGAACGCGGAGCGCCAAACGCCGAUGGUCGUUCUCACCUUGUGCGCGCUUCUCGCGCACGCGGUGCAGCACCUGCGAGGCGACUUGCCGGAAUUCGAGCUUUCCGUCCAGCAGCUGCAGGUGGGGACAUAUCGCGACAUCGUGACGGUGGACGUCGAGGAUUCCGUCCUGGAUGCCGUGGAAACUAUAAAUGAAUGCGACAUCUCUGCGGUCCCCGUCGUCGACUCUCGAGGCGCCUACGUCGGCUGCUUCACCCGCCAAAACUUCCUUCUUCUCGCCCUUCAAGCCAUCCACAACGGCACGCCCCUGGACGUCGACCAGCCCGUCGGCGACGCGCUGAAGCAGCUGCGGUACCAGGAGAACCGACGGGCGCAGCAGCUGCAGGCGAACGCCGCCGCCGCGCAGGGGGGGAAGGCGCGUCCGCUUGAGUCGGCGCGGCCCUCGAACUCACUCCCUUCUCACCAGCUCCCUUCUUCGCAGUAUCCGUCGGUCUACUCCUCGUCCAUUCGCGACGGGCGCGCAGGCUUCUCUGGCGAGCGGCGCGGGUCAACCUACGCGUCGGCUCACUCACAGUCCUUCGGAGGAGCCUCGCAGCCCCAUCAGCAUGUCGCGGCUGACGGGUCGGUCUUCGGCUCUGUCGUUCGGCAAUCGGUCGGCGGCGGCAGCGCGCCACUCAGCCGCAGCGCCAGCAGGGAAAGCAGGUGCUCGAGCCGGAAUGACCUCCCGGCGCCGGCUGUCUCCAUCCGUGAGGCGAUCUUGCGCGUCCUGUUCUCGCCUUAUCGAAGAAUCAUCUUCCUCGAUAGCGCAGACCGCGUCUCCGGAGUCGUCACGGCGACCGACCUCGCUGGAUUUUUAGUGGGCUCAGGGCAACCCGUGUUCACUUUCGCCGGCGCCGAAGACUGCUCUGCGUCCUUCCAACCCCACCCACCUCGCACAUCUUCGCACGAGUUGAACACGCGCUGCGCGUCCGAAGGGGACAAUCCCGGAUCGUCUUCUAAGUUUUCAGGGGGAAUGGACACGUCCCGCGGCUCUGCUGCGAUGGCGCAAGAGAAGACCGGCGUCAGGAGCCCAGUGACCUCCGACCCCACGCGGUCAACGGCGACGCCGGAGACCGUUGGGGCGGAGGCCUCGGAGCCCACAGACAGACCGACGAGCUCAGACAGGUUAGGAAGCACUACGGCGCCUGCGGCAGUCGUGGAGCUAGGCUCGCCUCAAUGCAGCGCUGUGGGCGGUGCGGCAGGCAAGGGAGGAGCGGACACGCAAGAGGAGGCGGAGAAGAGGGAAUGCAGCCGCCCAGACGCCGCGUAG